CAUUACGAUUUAGGCUUCGGUCAUUGCAGUUAUGUUAAUAAUUUAAAGAAAUUUAGUUAACAACUUAACCUAGUUAUGGUUGAACCGUUCCUUGAUCUCUGGGUUCUACUAAAUAAAUUAUGUGGCCUCUGGGUACAAGAAUUGGCAGACGUGAGCUGGGUGGGUACCUCACACAUUUGUGGCCGCAGAUUUAAUAAAACCCAUCAGAGUCUUGAAGCAAGCUUUAGCAAUGUAUUAUAUAUGCCCUUGUCUCUCCAUGAAAAGCUGGUCAAAUAUUAGGACUAAACCCACCCCAGACCCAACGACCCCAUCCAAUUGUAUUGGUUAGUUAAGUGUUUGUAUAUAUUAAUUACCAAGUCCACUAUGUAUCCGUCACCAAGAUGGAGCUGGUUACCCAACAUGUCCUACAAAGCCUUAAGCUCCCAGUCCCACUCCUAGCUAGCAGCUACAAGGCUAGACACAUAUACCUUGCUACUAAUGAUAUAUAAAACGCCACAAAACAGAAGAUUUUCUUCAACUGAUCAUCAAAAAAUCCUAUGCACCUCUUGUUCUCUCUCUCUUUCUCUCUCUCUCUGCCUUCUAAGAGUAGUUUGAAUUAGUUUCAGUAGUCAUCUUUUGAGCUUGACCCUUUAAUUAUAAUUAUAAUUCAUGGGUAAUUCCAUCUCGCACAAGCAAUUACAUGCCAGCGCCACCGGAAAAGUGAUAUUGUCGGAUGGGUCGGUGCAUCAGUUCAACAAGCCCCUAACAGUUGCUGAGCUCAUGCUAGAGCACCCACAACAAGUGGUUGUCGAAUUCGGAGCGGCUGUCUCCGAAAAAAGGCCAACCCCAUUGCCUGCAGAUAUGAAGCUAGACAAGAAAAAGAUUUACUUAAUGCUGCCAAUGAAGCGAGGGAAACCAGUCUCUUUGUCAUCCCAAGAGAUUCACGGCCAUCCUGGACAAGCUUGUGCUCUGCCAAACAAGGAAUCUUGUGCGGAGAGGACGUCGAAUUCGAAGUACAUGCCACAGUUUGAUCUGCCGGAAGAUUUGGACGCGAGACCAGAAUAUUUGAGUAGGCAGUUUUCAGGCAAGGGGACUUGGAAACCAAAUUUGGAUACCAUUAAGGAGAAGAAGGUUGACAAGAAGAAAUCUCAUUGGUUAUUUUGAACUAAUAAGAAAGAUCCAUUUUAGUGAUGAAGUGCCAAGUUUGUAGUAUUUCGAUUUCGACUAUGCUGCAUCUGCAUCUGCAUGGCAGGCCUUGUGAGACAAUGGGCAAGGAAAUUAAUUAAGAAUGUUGUUGAACUAAGCAUAUAUAAGAUGAAUUGUAUGUGAUUUAUAAUUAAUUAGAGCUAAUUGUAAGAGAUAAUGGCUGUAUGAGAUUGUGUAAGCUGUUCGACUAGUGUUGUUUUGUGUGUCAUUUAUGAGAGUAUUUUGAUGAA